AUGCUGAAGAAGAAAUCCUUGGCGCCUGCCUUUUUCUGGAACUUCUCCCCCAGUACAACCCCCGACCUGUCGCCCACUUCCUCCGACAGCGACUCCGACGAAGAUAUGGAGUCGUCUGGCUCCCGACCGGUCAGCCUGGCCGUCUCGGCGGGAGCCUGUUGUCCCAUGCGCCCCACUCUCGACGAUGUCCUGGCCAACAUUGCACCGCCCCCGUAUACCUUGAGCGCUUUCAUGGCCUACCUGUCACAGAACCACUGUUUGGAGACCCUGGAAUUCACCUUGGAGGCAAAGCGGUACCAGGAAACCUACUACGCCGUCGCCACCCACAACUCGCCCCUCCGCCCCGGGACCCCCGAGAGCCAGCACUUGUGCAUGCUCUGGCAGCGUCUGUUGACUGCUUAUAUCUAUCCUGGGUCCCCUCGGGAAAUCAACCUGUCUAGCGAAGACCGGGAGCCCCUGCUGCGGUUCCGGGACGUGGAUGUCCCGCCGGCCCCCGAAACUCUCGACUCAGCUGUCAAGCGGAUUCAUGACCUGAUGGACGAGUCGAUCUUCAUGCCAUUCCUCAACAGCCUCACCGUCUCCCCAACCAUGGACCCGUCCGAGCCUCCUUUCAGUGUGGACGACUCGGUCAACCUCUCUACCACUAGCCUCGAGGAGAAUCCGAUGCGAAAGAUCCGGUCCCGAGCCCGUCGUCUCUCGCCUCAGUCCUCUACCAAGGACUUGGAUGGGAGCCGUAGUCCUAUGUCUCUUGGUGCCAUGCAUGCCAUUGGCAAACGGGCAUCGGCCCCCCAGUCCAGCCCCACCGCCGAGGAACCAAUGACACCGCCUACUACUCCGCCCGCCAGUGAGCCUCAUCUCCCCAUGCACAGCCCCAAGCUACGCACCGAGAACCCUUGGAAGAAAAUGGGCAUGAAACUGGGCUUCAAGAAGCGGUCGGGAACCACGGGCCGGGACCCUAAGAUCAUCGGCCUCGACGACUAA